AUGGCGCCUCGUGGACCCGGUCCGGGACGUGAGAGAGAUCGUGCUAGUACACAGGAACCGAAAAUCAACUCAAAUAACCCGGUAAACUUUAUGGCGGCGUUGGAGAAUAUGGCUGCUGCUAUGCAGGCCACUGCGGAGGCUCUUGGGCAACAAAUAAACAAUAAUGGCAAUGGCGAAAGGGAAACUCAGGGCCCGAUGACACUAGCAACCUUCUUAAUGGUUAAUCCACCUAAGUUCAAGGGACCCACUAAUCCGAUUGAAGCUGACACCUGGUUUCAGGCCAUGGAGCGAGCACUACAAGCGCAGUUGGUGCCUGAAGAGCAGUGUGUUGAAUUUGCUACCUAUCUGCUCACGGAAGAAGCAUCGCAUUGGUGGCAAGGGGCUCGACGUCUCCUACAACAGGGGAAUGAUCCUAUCACUUGGGAUGCCUUCCAGGUGGAAUUCUAUAAGAAGUACUUUCCAAAUUCCGCCAGGACAGCCAAGGAAUUGGAGUUACUACAAUUGAAGCAAGGUGCUAUGUCCGUAUCUGAGUAUACAGACAAAUUUGAGGAGCUAUUCAGAUUUUCCCGCAUGUGUCAGGGAGCUCCGGGAGACUUCGAGGAAUGA